UAAAAUAAUUUUGAAAAGUUUCUGUUCCAUUUUUGUUCAUCUGCUCCACAAAACUACCUCCUUGAGGGCCCGUCACAGACAGGGGCUUCGUGCAGACGGGUGCUGCCCUAUCCUUCCAUCCUCCUCUCUAUUGAACUCCCAAACUUUGAUCCAUCAAAACCCUGCGAUUCACAUUUCAUUGCAAAAUGAUCUCACUCCUCAGAAGAACCAAGCUCCUAACCUUAACCCUAACCUCAAACCCUAGAACCCUCCGCCCAUUUCUCCGUUUUCUCUCAUCUUCCUCCAAAUUCCCCGAAUAUGAAAUGCCCUCGGUCACAUGGGGCGUCGUCCUAGGCCGCAAAGAGAGACUAGUCUCUCGUGUUAUCAUCUCCGACUACCUCAAAACCCUCGGCAUCAUCCCAGAUGAGCUCGAACAAGUUGAACUCCCCUCUACGGUCGAAGUCAUGCGAGAACGGGUGGAAUUUCUCCAGAAACUGGGAGUCACCAUUGACCACUUAAAUGAGUACCCGUUAAUGCUCGGAUGCAGUGUCCGAAAAAAUAUGAUUCCAGUUUUGGGUUAUUUGGAGAAAAUCGGGAUUCCUCGAUCGAAACUUGGUGAAUUCGUGGUGAAUUACCCGCAAGUGUUACAUGCCAGCGUGGUGGUUGAAUUGGCUCCUGUAGUGAAGUUCCUUAGAGGGCUUGAUGUGGAUAAGCAGGACAUCGGUUAUGUCUUGAUGAAGUAUCCUGAGCUUUUAGGGUUUAAGUUGGAGGGAACUAUGAGCACUUCUGUGGCCUAUUUAGUGAGUAUUGGAGUGAGUCCGAGGGAUAUUGGACCGAUGGUGACACAGUAUCCCUAUUUUUUAGGAAUGAGAGUGGGGACUGUGAUUAAACCCAUUGUUGAUUACUUGGUUUCAUUGGGUUUACCCAAGAAGGUGUUGGCAAGGAUGUUUGAGAAGCGGGCAUAUGUGCUUGGGUACGAUUUGGAGGAGUGUAUUAAGCCCAAUGUGGAUUGUUUGGUUAGCUUUGGGAUUAGGAGGGAGGCGCUUGCUUCGGUUAUAGCACAGUUCCCACAAAUUCUUGGGUUGCCUUUGAAAGCUAAGUUGUCAUCACAACAGUACUUCUUUAAUUUGAAGCUCAAGAUUGAUCCGGAUGGUUUUGCUAGAGUGAUUGAGAGGAUGCCACAAAUAGUUAGUCUUAACCAGAAUGUAAUUAUGAAACCUGUUGAGUUCCUCCUUGGGAGAGGAAUACCAGCUGUGGAUGUGGCAAAGAUGGUUGUGAAAUGUCCCCAGUUAGUGGCAUUGCGGGUUGAGCUAAUGAAAAAUGGCUAUUACUUUUUUAAAAGUGAGAUGGGGAGACAGGUGAAAGAGCUUGUGGAGUUUCCAGAAUACUUUACCUAUAGUUUGGAAUCUCGGAUCAAACCCAGGUAUCAGAGGUUGCAAAGCAAGGGGGUGAGGAGUUCACUGGAUUGGUUCCUGAACUGUAGUGACCAGAGAUUUGAAGAGAGACUACAGGCUGAUUACAUUGAAAUGGAGACUAUUGGUCCAUCAUUUUGUAUGGGUGGGAAAUUGCAGUUACCGGGGAAUGAGGUUGUGUCAGAUGAGGAAGAUGAGAGCGAUGAUGAAGAACUUUACAGACGCACUGUUUCCCUUUAGUCAAAUUUGUUUUGUCACAAUAAUGAAGCAAAUCAAGUUUAUAAUGUUAAUGAAUGGGUAUGCAUUUCUACCUGCUCUUUUCCUUAAACAUCCCAAUAUAAUUUAAUUGGGAUAAUUAAAUGUUUUCAUUUCUGCACCAAAACUUUUUAGAGAUAAGGUUUGGACCUGGGUUAUUGUGCAAUUUCUUGGACUGAUGGUAUUUGACCUGGAACUAUCAUUUGAUUUCUAUAGUUAAAUAGCUUGGUUAUGUAGUUGGCUAAGCGGGUGUGGCUUUUAGGGAGUUUGUUCUGCCUCUAAAAAUGAUUGAACCACUUGAUCUUUACACAUUUAAAUGAAAAUAUGAGCAUUUGUUUGAAGUUUGUUGAAUCUUGAAACUUGCAUAACCACUUGAUCUAUAUUACAUUUUCAUAACCAUAUGUUAUAUCUCUCCCCUUGUGGGGGAGAACUAUGGGAGGAAGAGUAAUGCUGCGCUCUUCAAACGUGCUGUUCAAGUUGUGUCUCCAACCAAACUCAACUUGUAAAUGUCCAUAGUUUUUCAAAAUAUCAUAGGGUUGCCCUUAUUUGAAGAAGCAAUCUGGAGAAUCUGAUAAGAGUAUUGUUUUCCUUUGAAAAAUGAAUUUUAGACAAAAGACUUGUUCUUUUUUCUCUCAAAAAAGGUAUAUUUGGGUAAGCUACUGAGUGUGUGCAGUGCUGCUUGUGAACAUCUUGGGAUUAGCAUCUUAGGUUGUGUUGUCUUGUUGUGAUAUGUUGAUGGGAUUAAUCUACUUAGGAUAGAAAGGGCACUCUUAAGAUGAUUGUACAGCCUCUCCUUGUCCCCUAGUUAUGAUCUGAAGGCAGCCCUCUGGCUGGUAAUCCGGGUUUAUGCUUGAACUUAGUAUAUUAAUAGAUGUCUUUGCUGAGGGUGAUUCUUUCCUCAUGUCUUGAUCCCUCAUCAUGCAGAAGUUGUAAAGUUUAUGGGUUCUAAUAAGCUUCAAAGCUCCAUGCACAUGUACUGUUUGGUUUUGGAUCAAACUCUGGACAUAGAAAAAUAGCUCAAUUUUUACAUACUGUGCCAAGAAACUCAGUUUUUGCCUUGCAUUUUAUCAGAGAGACUUCUGGUUUUGCUUCCCUUCUUUUUGGGCAUAGGUGAACUUUAUACAGUUGCAUGCAAGAUUAGUGGCAACAGGGGGCGACGAAGGAUUUAUUUGGAAGUUUUUUAUGGAGACUGGGCUUUUGAACUUGGAGUUAUGUAUAUGAUAUAAUUGGGACAUACUUUAGUAUUCCUUUGGUCGAGGAUUUUAGCUCUAUCUUGCUUUUCAUUUAUUCCAAAUUCAUGAAGAAGUUGGAUUUUAAUUUCUCGCCUACACUGCAAUUGGACAUUGUUAAAAUCUCUGUUCAGCUUACAAGGAUUCUGUGUCUAGUUUACACUUCCGUAUUGAUGGACGGUUGCUUGCAUCUGGAAGCUUUGAUGGGCUUGUUAAAAUCUGGGAUGCAUCUUCAGGAGACCUCAAGUGUACACUUGAAUAUCCUAGUGGAGGCAUCGAGGUGUACUUUUUAAGCAUUUUCAUUAGUUCAAUUCGCAUAUGGUUUUAUAAAAAUUGAGUAUAAACCAUGUCACUUGCAGUGAAUCAGGUAGCAUCGAAGAGAACAUUUGGGGGAUUGUGCAGUUUGGAUGUGGCAUGCUGACAGAAGUGCCUACCUUUUAUUGGGAGAAUUUGGUGCCUCCUUCUUUUACCUCUCUUUUUCUUUUCCAAUUUCAUUUGUAGAUAUCCAUUAUUAUUUUUUGUUUCUGAUGUUUGUUUAAGGUAAAACAAUCUGUACUGGUUCUGAUGAUGCAACCUUCAGAAUAUGGAAUCCAAGAAGUGGUGAAAAUAUUCAUGGUGUUAGAGGUAUAUAUGUGGAUUACUGU